AGUGCAGGCAUUAGGAGACCACAUAAUCGCGUCAAUUUUUCAGCGUAGUGGGAUUUUUCUUUUUCUCUCCAAAAGCCAGCCUGGUUGUGUGAGAGAGCUGUUAUAAAAUGUGGUGGGCAUUGGUGUAAUUGGAAUUGGUGGGGGGUGGGCUCUCUGUGCUUUUUUGCUCAUAUCUCGGUGGUUCUGCCCUUUACCCAGGAAAAGUAUUUAGCUGCGUGCGUGUUACAAUGUCCGAGGAUGGAACUGCGGCAAUUGCUGAUGAGAUACCCGAGCAACAGAAUGCAGUAAGCCGGGUGACCAGCCUUCCUCUGGUUAGUUCAGCAUGCAGUGUUGUCGGUGCCGUGUACAGCUCCACCAAAGAAAGUCAUCCUUACAUCCGUGGUGUAUGUGAUGUGGCUGAGAAAGGUGCAAAGACUCUAACGGAUGCUGCAAUGAGUGGAGCUCAACCGCUGAUAACUAGGUUGGAGCCACAAAUUGCCAGUGCAAAUGAAUUGGUCUGCAGGGGCCUAGACAAACUAGAAUCCACACUCCCCAUUCUUCAGCAACCUACAGAGAAGGUUGUGUCUGAUACAAAGGACCUGGUGACUGGUGCAUGUGAUGCAGUGACAAAUACAGUAACUGGAGCUCGAGAUACCGUAACUGGAGCCAUGUCUGGUGUAAUGGGUCUUGCUUAUGGGGCUGUGCAAGGCAGUGUUGAUAUGACUUGGGCAGCAGUAUCCUCUGUAAUGGGAACACGUGCAGGACAGUUGGCUACAAGCAGCGUGGACACUGUUUUAGGAAAGUCUGAAGAAUUAGUGGACCAUUACCUCCCAAUGACUGAUGAGGAGCUGGCUCAACUUGCAUCAUCUGUGGAGGGGUUUGAAGUAGCACCAUUGCAGGAGCAGAGAAAGCAGCAGAGUUACUUUGUUCGCUUAGGAUCACUGUCCACACGGUUGCGCCACCGUGCAUAUCAACACUCCUUGGGCAAGGUGAGAAGUGCCCGGAACAACACUCAGGAACUUCUCACUCAGCUGCACCACACCAUUGACCUGAUGGAUUCAGUAACACGUAGUGUACAUGGUGGUCAGGAGAAACUGCACCAGUUAUGGCUGGAUUGGAACAGUAAACAGCCAAAUUCCAGGUUGACUGAUGAAGAGGAAAGGUCACAGUAUGAGCUUUUGGAAUGCCGAACUUUCACCAUGGUGCAAAGCCUCACAGCACAACUCCAAACCACUUGCUUAAGUUUGGUGUCUGGAGCACAAGGUCUUCCAUCUCACAUCGGGGAGAGGAUGCAGCAUCUACGCCAAAAUGCCCAAGCUCUCCACUCAUCUUUUGCUAAUAUUUUCUCCUUUGGGGACCUCACGGCAGGGUCCCUAACACAAAGCCGAGAACAUGUUACAAAGGUCCAGGACCACGUAGAUGAGCUAUUCUCUUAUGUAGUUACCAACACUCCCUUAACUUGGCUUGUUGGACCUUUUGCACCUCGGUUAGUUGAGAGCCCUGAAGAGCAGCCAAUGAAAGGGUGAGACAGGAGGGGAGGUAGAGGUCCUAGCAUAUAUUUGGAGGUUCAGGGGACUUCUUAAAUAUGGCACUUUAACGACUUAAAGGAUAUUGAUAGGAGGGAAAAUUGAGAACAUGCAACUUCUGUGCAUUAGAGGUAUAUUUCUUGGCUUCAUCACUUCAUUGUGUUUUCACAACCUGUAACCAAUAACGAAGUUCAAACUUUCUCAUAUAAUCAUUGCUAUUACAAUUCUAUCUCUAAUGAAACUUGUAUUAAAAAAAGACUAGGUCUUGUGCAAACAAUUUUAGGUUUUGUGUACUUUGUUCUUGAGCUGCCUUCAGUCUGGUUUAUAAAUAUUUUUAUAUAUAUAUGAUUAACAACCAUAAAAACUGAUACUGCACUUGCA